GUAGCCCAAGGGUGCCGUUUGCCUGCUCCUGUCUCCUCCCUCUGCUCCCCUGCCGCCUGCCCAGGCUCUGCCAGAGCUCAUCUGCGGUCUGGGGGCUCUGCCUUGCAGGGUGGACCUGUCCCACAGCCGCACCUCUGCUGUCCUGCUGCCUUGAGGGCACCAGCCCUUCUGAACAUAGAGCAGGAGUCAUCCCACUAAAUUUAGAUGCUCACUUGUGGCUUUAUCAGAGUGAGACGGAUUAGAGUCUGUGGGGAGAAACCAGGAGUUCCUGAACGUCCACCCUGGGAAUGGCUGUGGGCUUGGAGGGGUUUGGGCAAGCAGUGGCUGGAAGGCUCCGCUCUCACCCCAGCUUGGGGCCAUCAGGCAAAGUUCAUCUCCCCUGCCCAGGCAUCUGCGUUUUGGCUGGCAUGUCCAGCUCAGCCCUGGCUCCCUCUGCCCCAUCAGCAUUCGUCCGCCUUUGGUUUCAGGGCGGGGACGUAGUUUCUCACCUCCUACAGCUCCGGUUACCCAGAACUGGGCUCAGUGGACAAGGAGGAUGAGGACAGGGUCUCUGCUCACCCCAGCCAUGAGCCUCUGGGUCCAGUGUGGCCGGUCACGGUGCUGAGCAGCCCCAGCCUGGCUCCGGCGCAGAUGGGAGAUGUCCUGGGACUUGGUCUUGCUGGUAGGAAGCUGAGUUUGCUCCGUGGCAUCCCUUGAGUAUCCUUUCUCCCUGCGUUGUGUGAGGGGUUGGUGGUGGCAGAAGGAGCUAAAACAGGCCAGCAGCGACAGCAAAAGGGAAUAGAGGGGAUGGUGGCGUAAAGCUCCUUUGUGCAGCCCCACAGCUGGGAAUCCCUUCUGGCAUCCAGGCAAGGUCCCAAGCGGGUGAACUGGGGAGCAUCAGUGCGCAGAGACUGCACCGAGGGGUUUGGGGGAACUGCUGACCUCUGCUGUAAACUGAGCCCCCACCGGGCAUCACGAAACUAGAGGUGCGAGAGUACUCGAGUCCAGGUCGGCUCCCACCUCUCUGCCUCCAUCUCCACACGUGUCACAGGGGAACGGGAGCCUGUGAGUGGAGCGUGGUGGUGGGAACUCAUUCCCUUAUUCCCAUGGGGAUGGUGCCUUGAGGAGCACUUUAGGAAAAGCAGAUAAUAGCUGUAAAGACAAAGAUACCCAAGAUUGCUGCUUAAUUAAUUCAGGAGAAGAAGAAUAUCAGACUUUUUGUACUGAUUCACCCCCUAGCAAAAGACAGCGUGUUCCUCAGCCUUCAUUGACAUAUGGCUGUUCCCAGCCCACCAGCAGCUCCUGCUCCCCAACAGGCGGGUGCUGUGAAUCCCACUUUGCCGCCUGCCCUGGGGGAAUUUGGGUCCAGCGGGCAGCUGCGGUGUGGGGUGGAUGCCCAGGGUGAACAGGGCAGGAUUGGGGGAACAACAUUCAUAUCCAUACAACAGUGUGUCCUGCCCAUCCCCUGCUGCUGCGGGCGGGCGGCUGCGUUGGAGCUGAGAGCAGGUUUUGGCUCCUGAGUCAGGAUGAGCAAAGCAGGGUGCUGCCUUAUGACUGACAGCGCCCUGUGGCUCUGCCAUUCCCCGCCUUCCCCUUCAAACCUUUCCGAAAAUCCUCCCCGACUGCACAAGAACCCUGUUAGAGGUGUGGAAACCCAGGUGUGGUACGGGCUGGGGGCUGCUGCUGGGGGCUUUAAUGCUGUGUCACCCAGCAAGAGAGAUAGCAGCACAUUGCUGGAGCUCCCGAGGUUACUCCCCCCAGUAAAAAAAAGCAGCAGGAAUUUUUCCAGCGAUUCCCCAAGCGUAGGAAAGGCCCUGAACAGCUUCACGCAUGAGGCAUGGUCAUGGAAUCAUCUCCACAGAGGUGUCCCUCCUGGUGACCUGCAAGCCCAGGGCACAAGGGACAGUCCCCAACCGGGAGGAUGUAGCAGACGCGGGUCCACGUGGUAUGGACAGGCACAAAGGCACAGGGGCUCCUCAAGCCAAGGCAGGCAGCAGGGAUGGAUCCCCACCACCCACGCAGCUGCCUUCCACGCAGGGCUCUUUGCAGGAGCACAUUCCCCACCUGCUGCCACUGAGAGCCCCGUGGGAUGGUGGCACCAUCCCAGCACAGACUGGAGACCAGGGAAUCGCAGCGGUUCAUUUGUUUGUUCUCUGCGUCGUGUGGAAGGCAGCCCAGCCAGGCAGUGCUUGGCGGUGCUGUUUGUUCUCCCAGCACAGUUGGAGGAGCAGGAUCGGCCCCUGCGGCACCCAGCCUCUUCCCGCUCCCCCGGGCUCCUUCCCUGCUCGCCAGCCUGUGCCGCUUGUUCUUGCCUGCCUCAGAGCCUCAUGGUGCCUCCCCUGCAAACACUCGUCCUACGAUCCUCUGCCCCUUCGACUCCUUAACCACAGCCAUGACAGAGGGAGAGGAUCUGGCCGCCUCGCGGAGCAGCAGCCAGCAGCUUUGCUGGAAUGACCAGAGCGUCCUCAUGCCAGAACCACAUCCUCCCAACUCCUGUCCUGGGAAAAGGAUAUUGCUCUUAAAUUCUCUUCUGGGUGUCUUUCUGGACAAGGGGGAUGUGACUGCGCUCAGCCUGCCCUCCAGCACCGGGCACGGUGACACCGAUGGCACUGUUUGCCUGGACGUCCCCGAUGGAACCCCUGACCCUCACAGGACAAAAGCUGCCAUUGAGCACCUGCACCAGAAGAUCCUCAAGAUCACCGAGCAGAUCAAGAUCGAGCAGGAGGCUCGGGAUGACAAUGUGGCUGAGUACCUGAAGCUGGCCAACAACGCGGACAAGCAGCAAGCCUCACGCAUCAAGCAGGUUUUCGAGAAGAAGAACCAGAAGUCGGCGCAGACCAUCGCACAGCUACACAAGAAGCUGGAGCACUACCACAAGAAGCUGAAGGAGAUUGAGCAGAACGGCCCUUCCCGGCAGCCCAAGGAUGUCUUCCGGGACAUGCACCAGGGUCUCAAGGACGUGGGCGCCAACGUUCGCUCCAGCAUCAGCGGCUUUGGUGGGGGAGUGGUGGAGGGUGUCAAGGGAGGGCUCUCAGGUCUGUCCCAGGCCACCCACACUGCUGUGGUCUCCAAGCCCCGGGAGUUUGCUAGCCUUAUCCGGAACAAGUUUGGUAGCGCAGACAACAUCGCUCACUUGAAGGACACGCUGGAUGAUGGGCACCCAGAGGAGGCUUCACGGGCUCUCAGCGGCAGUGCCACCCUGGUCUCCAGCCCCAAGUACGGCAGCGAUGAUGAGUGCUCCAGUGCCACCUCUGGCUCUGCUGGUGGCAGCAACUCAGGGGCAGGACCUGGUGGCUUGGGGAGCCCCAAGUCCAACACGCUGGACAGCCACCACAAUAACUUUGACACUAUCCUGGAGGAGCUUCGGGAGAUCAAGGACAGCCAGUCGCACCUGGAGGACUCCAUGGAGGACCUCAAGGCCCAGCUGCAGCGGGAUUACACCUACAUGACGCAGUGCUUGCAAGAGGAGCGGUACAGGUACGAGCGCCUGGAGGAGCAGCUGAACGACCUCACCGAGCUGCACCAGAACGAAAUGACCAACCUGAAGCAGGAGCUGGCCAGCAUGGAGGAGAAGGUGGCUUACCAGUCCUACGAGAGGGCACGGGACAUCCAGGAAGCAGUGGAGUCCUGCCUGACGCGAGUGACCAAGCUGGAACUGCAGCAGCAGCAGCAGCAGGUGGUGCAGCUGGAAGGGGUGGAGAACGCCAACGCCCGGGCGCUGCUGGGCAAGUUCAUCAAUGUCAUCCUAGCCCUGAUGGCUGUGCUGCUCGUCUUCGUCUCCACCAUAGCCAACUUCAUCACCCCGCUCAUGAAGACCCGCAUGCGCAUCCUGAGCACUGCCUUGCUCGUCCUCUUCCUCUUCUUCCUCUGGAAGCACUGGGACUCCAUCACCUACUUUCUGGAGCACGUCUUGCUCCCCAGCUGAUCUGCAGCCUGGCUGCUGCAGCCCUGGGGGCUUUCCAUUUCCCACAGAGGAGAGGGCGAGUGGAGCCUUUGGAUGGUUUCUUCACAUGCUUUCCCAGCCAUCCAUCCUCGCCGCAGCCGGCAGCGGUUGUUCAGAGUGUGGUGUUUCGGAGCCGGGAUCCAUCAGUGCUCUGGGAUGUUUGGGGAGAGCAGGAUGGGAAACAAGGAAGAGUUUUUUGGAAGAAACUGGUAAUU